GUCAAAGGUGACCCCCCCACUGCCUAGGAGCAAGGCGCUGCUCCAACCAGCGGUCCGCACACGGGGAAGGCGAAAGGCAUCUUCACUCCGUAUUACAAUCAACGCACCAGCAAAGCAGGGAGAAGAUGCCUUUUCACCCUGUACACACCGGGCUCCUGUACAAAGGGAAUUACCUGAGCGGCUCACUGUCCGACGGCAGCGAGAUUGAACAGUUGGCCAACAUUUCAGAAGAGGAAAUGGAGGAAAUAAGAGAAGCCUUUCGAGUUUUGGAUCGUGAUGGCAACGGUUUCAUUUCAAAGCAAGAGUUGGGCAUGGCAAUGAGGUCCCUGGGUUAUAUGCCCAGUGAGGUGGAACUUGCAAUCAUCAUGCAGCGAUUGGAUAUGGAUGGUGACGGACAAGUGGACUUUGAUGAGUUUAUGACAAUACUAGGCCCUAAACUGUUGUCAUCUGAAGUACGGGAAGGUUUUCAUGGUAGCACAGUUGACUCCAUAUUUUGGCAGUUUGAUAUGCAGAGGAUUACACUGGAAGAAUUGAAGCACAUAUUAUUUCAUGCAUUUCGGGACCAUUUGACAAUGAAAGAUAUUGAGAACAUCAUCAUAACGGAGGAGGAGAGUCUGAAUGAAAGUUCAAGUAACUGUCAUACCGAAUUUGAAGUGCAUUCGCAAAAGAAGAACCGACAGACAUGUGUGAGGAAGAGCCUGAUCUGUGCGUUUGGUGUGGCUUUCAUCAUCAGUGUCAUGUUGAUUGCAGCAAAUCAAAUUCUCAGGAAUGGCAUGGAGUAGCUUCUGAACCAACCAGCCACCCAUUGGCAUGAACUGGUCGGGCAUGACUUUAGUGGGUAAAGUCCAGUGGACUCCUGGAUUAGGAACACAGGGUGAUGUAAAUAAGGGUAGAAUAUAUUUCUACCAGGAACAUGGAGCCCAGAAUGGAAGUGAUUCUUUUUAGGUUCACACAAUUAGAAUCCCGCAGACAGGGAUUUUUUUUUUUAAAAAAAGGGCUGA